CCAAUGCCCAGCCCAAUGCAGGAAUCGUCAAGUUUCCAUUUGUUCUGCGCCUGAUCCAGCAAGGGAAACGGUAUAAAUACCGACACGACAAACCGAUGGGAAACUGUCGAACAGAGCGCAGUAGUUUAUUAGGCCUUGGCUUAUGGUACCCGAAGUUUUCGUAGUCAAGUUUUAGUCAAUCAAUCGGCAUCUAUAGGCCUAUACAGCGCACGUACAAAUAUUGACAUGUUGGCGUUUUUAAUUGCUGGGCUGCUCUUGUCAGCGGUGCCCAAUAUCAGAACCCAGCCGUCUCUGAAUGAAAUAUUAGAUACACCCCCGCCAACUGGAAACCCAUUGAGCUGGGCUCGUCAGCAUUCCAACACGGACGAAAUGCUGCCGUUUGAAAGAUUAAAUCCUCGCUUUUGGCUCGGCCCGGAAUACCGCCAAGCAUUGAGACAGAUUGCCCAAAUGCGUGAAGAAGAUCCCCUAAUCUAUAAUGGACUCAACGUUUAUCGGGCAGCAGAUGGUUUCAUUGCACAAGGGUCAAAUGCGAUGGACAGAACCGAUAUUGGUGUCCGUCUCUCUCCGGCGAGAGAACGGUUACAAGUAGCUAAUCCUGACGCUCAGUCCAAUAUGGGAAAACGAGACAGUUACUUAUCAAUGUGUCACUUCAAGCUUUGCAAUCUAGGAAGAAAACGUCGAAUUUCUCAAGGAGGACAUACAGAUCUUGUUACAAGUGAUCUGAACGCUGAGAAAUAAAAGUCGAUGAAAAAAAAAGAAAUGUUCCCGAAAGACUCUGACGAAACUCACGUAACGCUAAUUUAUAAUACACGAGACAUUCGAAUGUAAUAUGCCGCAUACCAGACGUGUGGGGAAAAGAAAAUACAUUUGUAAAUUAUU